AUGGACACAUCACCGAUAUAUGCCACCAUAAACUUUGCCGAAGUCCAAGAGCUUAAGCUUGCAUCAUCUUCUCUUCCCGCAGAUACCUGUCAGUGCCCUCUCAGGCGUCGGUUGACUCUGAAACUUGACUGUGCUGGACUGAUUCUUGUUUUGAUCCUGAUUGGAAUCAGUGUCGCAGGUACAUCAGCCGUACUAACAUGCCCGAGAGAUUGGCAUCCAUGCUGGGAUAAAUGCUUAUUUAUUUCUCAAAUUACCGGUUCUUGGGUUGAAGGUCAAGCUGACUGCUCUGUGAAAGGAGCCACUUUGCUGCUUAUUGAAAAUGAAGAAGAAUUGAAAUUCAUUUGGGACUUCACAAAGACAAAAAGUACAAGAUUUUUUAUUGGAUUAAAUUAUGUACCAGCAGAGAAGAUCUGGAAGUGGGUAAAUGGAUCUAUUUUAAAUCCUGAUGUCUUACAAAUCACUGUCACGAAUGAAGACAACAGAUGUGCCAUUAUCUCAGGACUAGAGGUUCUUUCUGAAGAGUGUUCUCUAUUCAAACACUACAUCUGCCAAAAGAAGCUGAAACCUGUCUAA